UUUAAAAUAGUUUUAAAACUUGUUGAAAUCAAGGGCUCUCGUCCUGGAAAGAACGUCCAGCUGACGGAGAGCGAGAUUCGCGGCCUGUGCCUAAAAUCUCGUGAGAUUUUUCUCAGCCAACCCAUCCUGCUAGAGCUGGAGGCCCCCCUGAAAAUCUGCGGUGACGUCCACGGGCAGUACUACGACCUAUUGCGACUGUUCGAGUACGGCGGAUUCCCUCCGGAGAGCAACUACUUGUUCCUGGGCGACUACGUGGACCGUGGCAAGCAGUCCUUGGAGACCAUCUGCCUGUUGCUGGCCUACAAGAUCAAGUACCCGGAGAACUUCUUCUUGUUACGCGGCAACCACGAGUGCGCCUCUAUCAACCGAAUCUACGGCUUCUACGACGAGUGCAAGCGAAGGUAUAACAUUAAGCUGUGGAAGACCUUCACCGACUGCUUCAACUGUUUACCGGUGGCCGCCAUUGUAGACGAGAAGAUCUUCUGCUGUCACGGAGGCCUGUCGCCCGACCUACAGUCCAUGGAGCAGAUCCGCCGAGUCAUGCGACCCACCGACGUGCCCGACCAGGGCCUGUUGUGCGACCUGCUGUGGGCCGACCCGGACAAGGACGUGCUGGGCUGGGGCGAGAACGACCGCGGCGUCUCCUUUACCUUCGGCGCCGACGUAGUGGCCAAGUUCUUACAUAAGCACGACAUGGACCUCAUAUGCAGGGCGCACCAGGUGGUAGAAGACGGCUACGAGUUCUUUGCCAAGAGGCAACUGGUCACUCUCUUCUCCGCGCCCAACUACUGCGGAGAGUUCGACAACGCCGGCGCCAUGAUGAGCGUGGACGAGACGCUCAUGUGCUCCUUCCAGAUCCUGAAGCCGGCAGAUAAGAAGUUGUACCCUUACGGCGGAGGUGCCGGCAUGGGCUCCGGAAGGCCCGUCACCCCUCCGCGAAAUUCUGCCAAGGCCGCCAAGGCUAAGAAAUAA